AAAACCGCACAAAAAGCCACACCGCCUCUCUCCUCCUAUAUAUAUGUCCGUCCAUUACCGUCCUCAGCCUGCUCGAUUUAGAUUUGGAUCGAUAGUUGCCUACUUAAUCCUUGGAUCAGAAGAAAACGCUCUCUCUCUUUCUUCGUACGAGGAUUGAAGCAGGAGGAGGAGAAGAAGAAAAGAGGAAGGGGAACAGUUGCCACCGCCAAGCAGACCACCGUCGAUCGAUGAGCUUUCUGCAGCUUGGCAUGGCCCACCACCACGAGAGGAAGGAGAAGGCGGCGACCGAGGCGGGGGCGCCGCCCAGGGGGUGCAUGGCGGUCCGGGUGGGACCGGAAGGCGAGGAGCAGCAGCGGUUCGUGGUGCCGGUGGCGCACCUCAGCCACCCGCUCUUCACGGAGCUUCUGGACGAGGCGGCGGCGGAGUACGGAUUCAACCAGGCGGGGCCCAUCGCCAUCCCCUGCGGCAUUGAGCACUUCCGCCGCGUUCAGGACGCCAUCGACCGCGAGAUAGGCGGCGGCGCUGGCCACCAUCACCACCACCACAACCAUCACCAUCAUCAUCACCAUCACCACCACCAUCUUCCCCACUUCGCAGGUUGCUUCGGAGCUUGAUGGUUGAAAGAGGCCCGGUUUCUUGGAUGUCUAAGUGUGGAUUAAUGACGACGACCAAGAAAACUAAUGUAUAAAGGAGGGAAAAAUAAGGAAAUCGAGUUUACAUGUAUGUUUGUAGGAAAUAUAUAAAUAUGUUAAGGUAUUGUAAUAUAAUAAGUGAUUCGUAGUGAAGUUUCCAUAUUUAUUUUGGGUCUACUAAGAGCCCAUGUUAAAAAUA